UAUGGUUUGGGUAUGUGGAUUGGUUCAUUAUUUUUGUAAUAUAUAUGUAUAUUGUUGUUUUUAUUAUGGUGUACUGUAGACUGUUUAGGGUUGUUCGUGUCGGGACGCCACUUCUUGUGCUGGGGGGAUAGUGUAGUAGGGUGGUAUAUUCUCUUUAAGUAUUUGGUGUGAUAUUCUCUUUAAGUAUUUUAUCCAGUUCUAUUGUCCUGUAUAUCCAGUAAGUUUUGUUUUUCCAGUUGGUAUAAUUAGUUUAGUUUAUAGUUUAAACAUGUUAUUUUAACAUGGUGAGUAGUAUUCUGUUACUUAGAUACUGUCCUAACAUCAUGUUUCACCUUUAGUCACUUUUUCUUAGAUCUCCAUCUUGAAGGCAACAAUUUCUUUCUACAGCACUGCAUUUACUAAUUCGGUGUUUCUCUCUUUUGUACCUGUAUAUGGUUUCCUUAUACAUUAUUAGUUCUAAUUCUUCAUUUCUUAAGAGCACCUUUAUCAGGUGCUCUUCUUCUUGUCUUCUACUUGUUCUUCUUUCUGUAAAUAAUUGGCUGUUUUGUUCCUGUGUAUUGUAAAUAAACUGUAUAGCUGUGUUCCUGUCUUUGUCUCUUUUCGUUCAACCCGCGACCUGGAAAGGGGAUAGUCCGUUGUCCAUCGAUCCUGCUACACGGGCAUGGAGGUAAUGACGUCGUAAUGUCUGUUGUGUAAAUACAGGUUCAGAUGUUUUGGUGUUCCGGUGACGUAUUUUGUUCUGCGAUAGAUCGCCUUACCAAAGAUGGCUUGAGAGAAAACGUUGAGUUGGUAUCCAUGUUCUCCCAAGCAUUUUGUUCCAAGCAUUUUGAAGAAAAAUGGCUAAAUAGAACUGGACAAAUAGUAAGAUUAAAAGAUGGUGCCAUUCCAACCAUCUUUUUAUUACCUACUCAUUUACAGCCGAAACCGAUUUUAUAUAGAUCGUCAAAAACAUCUAAUCGGUCCUUAGAAUUAGAAAAUGAUUCAGCAGAACACAUUUUUCCACAAGAUGCAGUCACAAUUUUACAGCCGAAACCGAUUUUAUAUAGAUCGUCAAAAACAUCUAAUCUGUCCUUAGAAUUAGAAAAUAAUUCAGCAGAACACAUUUUUCCACAAGAUGCAGUCACAAUUUUACAGGAUCAUAACUAUAAUUGUGAUAACCCAUCAGUGUAUAAAAAAAGAACUUUAGACAUGCAGGAUAGAAUUGACGUACUGCAGAAACGUCUGAAAAAUACCCAAGCUCGCGAAAGAAGAGCAAGGCGGACUUGUCAAACCUUGAUAGACUCUUUAAAAGAACAAAACUAUUUAAAUAAUGAACUGGAAGAGAAGCUCCGAGUUCACAAAGAUAUUCCAUGCGAGCUGUUUAAGAAACCCCAUGGUCAAUACACCGAAGAACAGCGUUAUUUUGCAUUAACGUUGCAUAUGUAUUCACCAAAGGCGUAUGAAUAUUUUAGUAAAAAUGUGCAGCUGCCAGCACCACGUACACUUACUAAAUGGUUAGAAAAGAUCAAAGCUGAACCAGGUAUAUCUCUAUGCAUGUUACAAUCAUUGAAGGAGAAUGUAGAAAAAUUCCCAGAGCAAUACACUCACUGCUGUGUAAUGGUCGAUGCCAUGGCUAUUAGAAAACAGGUAAUCUACGAAAAGCACAGUCAAAAGUUGGUUGGGUACGUAGAUCUUGGCACUGGUAAAGAUGAAGAUGAAGAAGUUGGAAAGGAAGUGCUUGUUGUAAUGGCUGUUGGUUUUAAACAAAAGUGGUCAGUCUAGCUGUACAAACCCUGUCAAAUUCAGUAGCUGUAGGACUACAUACUGCAUUUGAGUUAGGUGUGGAUGGAUUAGAUGGUUGUUCUUCUACAGUACAAUUCAAUCAGGCUAAAAGUUAAACUUAAUAAAUUGUUAUGGUGUUGCUGAAGAUGUGUUGAAUACAAAUAUUCACCCACUAGAAUAUGUAUGUACUUAUAAGAUGAGCCAGGAUCACCUAGAGCUAUUUUUUAAUGCUGUUAGGAGAAUGGGUGGAUGGAAUAAUAACCCAAACGUAGUGCAAUUUAAGGCUGCCUUCAGAAGGCUAAUUUCUCAUGUAGGAGCCAGUGCAUGUGGUGAAACUGGUAACGUUGUUGCCAGGGAUGAUACUGCAUUCAUCCAUGCAGCUACAACCUGGUAUGUUCCACCAACAUCAGAGGCCGAAGAAGUUCAAGACGUAAACUCCGAUAUCAGUUUUUAUUUCAGGUCUUUAGAUUCUCUAGUUGACACCAUUCUUGUGUAUAUAAGUGGUUAUAUUGUAAGAAAAAUUUCACCUUAAAUUACAUGUAAUAUUUGUAAACUUUCUCUUGUAUCUGAUAAUCCUGAAAGUCAUAAUUCUUAUAUUCUUCUAAGUUUAAGAAACAAAGGGGGCCUUUAUAUUCCUUCAAAUGGAUUAUUGUGUGUUAUGAAAUCUUCUGAAAAGCACAUCAGAAGUUUAACUAGUCUUAAAAAGUCUUCCAGGAAGCUUUCUUCAUUAGAAUUACAGACCAGGGUUUUAGCAGAUAUUGGACAUCUUGAUGUCUUUAAUUUUGAUAACCACAUUUUAGAAACGUCCUGUGGAAUCUCAAAUCAUUACAUCGACUUGAUAAGAUUAAUAGUUAAUAAUUUCUAUCUUGUACGCCAGUUCCAUAUAGUUAAAAUUACAAAAUUUGUCAGAGAAAGGAGAUAGCAUAAGGCAUAAACUAAACAAAACUGUCUUAUUUAUGGGACAUUAACAGAAUCGAAAUGGGGUUGAUCGUCCUAAAUUUCUGCAUUAACAUGCAUGUGUAAGUUAUGGUAAAAGUUUGUUGUUAUAACAGUUUGUUGUAACUAAACGUCUGUUGUUAUUACACGUAUGUGUAACUAAAAGUCAAAAGUUUGUUGUUAUUACACGUAUGUGUAACUAAA